GCUAAAGUCAGCGUUGAGGAAGUAAACAGGUAGAAUGAGCCUCAGCAGCUUGCGGAGAUAGAUAAGAAAUAAGAGUUUUAAAGUGAAAAUGGAUCGAUUUUCUUGGUCGAAUGGGCUUUUAGAAAUUGACGAAACCUUAGUGAUACAGCAACGAGGUGUGAGACUCUAUGACGGUGAUGAUAAGGCUAAGCUGGAUCUGGGAGUUGCCUUGUUGAGUACCCAUCGGUUGAUCUGGAGGGAUGUUAAAAACCAUGAAUGCUGUAUAGCCAUGCCUUUGUCCCAGAUCAUCCUCUUCGAGGAGCAGGCUGCAGGAAUAGGGAAAAGUGCGAAAAUAGUGAUACACCUGCACCCAGCACCUGCCAACAAGGAGCCAGGUCCUUACCAACACAGCAAGUACUCGUUCAUCAAGCUGUCCUUCAAAGAACAUGGGCAGAUAGAGUUUCACAGGAGGCUGACAGAAGAAAUGACUCAGAAGAGAUGGGAGAGUACAACGGUUUCACAGCCAAUCCCCACAGGAACUGGCUCACAGGCAGGAAGGACACGUGCAGUCGGGAUUGUUGGCAUUGAGAGGAAGAUUGAGGAGAGAAGAAAAGAAACAGACAAAAACAUUUCUGAGGCUUUUGAGGACCUCAGUAAGCUGAUGGUGAAGGCCAAAGAGAUGGUGGAGUUGUCCAGGUCGAUAGCGAACAAGAUCAAAGACAAGCAGGGAGACAUAACAGAAGACGAGACAAUCCGGUUUAAGUCCUACCUCCUGAGCAUGGGUAUCGCUAACCCUGUUACCAGGGAAACGCAUGGAUCAGGCACACAUUACCAUUUGCAGCUGGCUAAACAACUGGGAGACAUGCUACAGGCCCCUCUGGAGGAGCGAGGAGGUAUGAUGGCUCUCACUGAGGUGUACUGUCUUGUCAACCGUGCUAGAGGGAUGGAGCUUUUAUCUCCAGAAGAUUUGUUAAAUGCGUGCAAGAUGUUUGAGUCAUUAAAGCUCCCGUUGAGGCUGCGCGUGUUUGACAGCGGUGUGAUGGUGGUCCAGCUGCAGUCUCACAGCGAAGAGGAAAUGAUAGCCUCAGCGCUAGACAAUGUGUCUGACAAAGGCUCUUUGACAGCAGAGGAGUUUGCAAAGCUCUUGGGCCUCUCUGUUCUUCUGUCCAAAGAGAGGUUGCUGCUGGCUGAGAAGAUGGGCCACCUGUGUAGAGAUGACUCUGUUGAGGGUUUGAGAUUCUACCCAAACCUGUUUUGACCUGUUUACAGCUAUCAGUGUUUGGGGGUAAAAAUGAAACUUGGCUGCACUUAGCUGACUGAUGCAUUAAAAAAAAAAAAAAUCCUACAACAACCCCUACAUACUGAGAUACAGGUGUGCCAUGGGCACAGUAAUGUUGCUCUCAGGUCUAGUCUGACUUACUGAUCAGUUGUUGUGCUGUUAGCAGUACAUAUGCAAAGCCUCUGUAGGUACCACCAGCUUUUUUUCUAUGUAGGUCUAAGAGUUGAGUCUGUCUUUUAAGGUAAUCAAAAAUAUUAUUUUACCGAAACUGUUCAAGAACCUGCUCAUAUUAUACAUGCAGCAAAGUGUUCCCCGGAUUGAUCUGCCUGGUGGAUUGUGUUUUUAGUAAUAAAUGGGAUUAUUAAAAACUGA